CUGGAUCUUUGUUUGCAAGGAAGUGGAUUUUUUUUUUUUACUAUGUUUUGUGAAUCUUGGUAUUGUGAAACAUCUUUUUAUCACUGGGGCAACAUCAACUGCUGCUCCUCUAGAAGAGCCUGAUAAGUUAAAGGUAUAUUUUCCAUCCACCUGAGGAAACUUGCUUCUCAUGUGACUUUCUAAAAGUGAGUGUUAUUUCAGUUGAAGAUACUGGAUCCAAUGGUAAAAUAAGUAAUUUUCCUUUUAUCCCAAGUUGUUUUACAUUGCUGUGGGUUCCAGUGUUCUCAGUUACUCUUUCAUUGUACUUCAGUGCUCACAGGUGUUCUGCUGUGCCUGAGAGAGGUUUUGGGACUUAAACAGUCCCCAGAAAAGGUAAUAUUCCUUCUGUGGUUGGUAUGAAAAGUAAAAGGGGCUGUUCUGAAGGUUUUUCUAGCUCAGUGUUGGUGUGUGUGAGAGAGGGAAUCAAGUUUAGCACAGCCUUUUCAGCCCCUUGAACUCAUGCCAGAUUUCUCUCUUGCCCUUUCAGGUCACAUAAAGAUAAGCUAUAUUUUUGUAUGAGUGCAUAAAUACAUACAAACGUGUUGUUUUUUUUUUUUUUUCCUAGAGUCUGUAGCUGGAGUUACUUGGGAAGAAAAUGAAGAGUAGUGCCAGGCCUUGGAGUGCAAUAGCAAAGCAAGGGAGCCAUGGGGUUGACAGAGGAAAACCUCUUUCCACCACCUCCACUGGAAUGAAGACAUCCAAAUCCUCCACUUCUCUUGCCUUUGAAUCCCGGCUCAGCAAGCUGAAACGGGCGAGCAGCGAGGACACGCUCACAAAACCUGGGGCAGCAGCUGCUUCAGGAGUCUCCAGGCUGAAGAAGACCAUCACAACAGGAGCCAUUUCAGAGCUUGCUGAGAGUCGCCUGAAGCCCAGCACAGGAACAGCUUCAGCUGCGAAGCGCACAGGGAUUCCAGCACCCCGGGAAUUGUCCUCAUCCGUGUCCAGGGAGAGAGCUGUGCUGCGUGGUCAAGCCAACACCAGGAAAACACAGCCCAGCCCCACCUCUUCUGGUGCACCAACUCCUACCAAACACGUGCGCCCCACCAGCAAGUCCAAGCAAGAGAAUGAAACUGGUGACAAGGCUGUUCUGGAAUCUCAGGUUAAAGAACUCCUGGCAGAAGCAAAGACAAAAGAUUCGGAAAUUACCAAACUUCGUUGUGAGUUGAAGAAAUGCAAAGAGAAAGGGUCACUCAACCUUGAAGGAAUGGGUGCCUCUAACCAAAAUUUAGAAACAGUAUCACCUGUUGACAUAGAUCCAUUAAUAAGGACCCUUCAGGAGAAAAACAGGACUUUCCAAAAAGAGCUUGCUAGCCUGGGAGAAGAAAACCGUGCUUUGAAAGAGAAAUUGCUUUAUCUGGAGAACUCCCCUCUCUCAGACACAACCACAAACAGUGGAGGCGACAGCAGCCUCCCAACCCCAACCACCCAAGAGUCGAGUUUUGGAAGCCCAUCCAAGAAUGUGUCGAGGGGCGAAGCGGGGGAGCACAGGCAGCACGUGAACGGGGGUGCCCUGCGCAAUUCAGGUUCUUCCAGCAGCGAUGUCACCAAAGCCUCCCUGUCACCCGAUGCGUCCGACUUCGAGCACAUUGCAGAUGUGCCUUCCAGGCCAGCAUCUGCCAGCAGCAACCACUUCAAAGGCUCCAAGUGCUCCACUGCAGGAAGUUCUCCAAACAAUAUUAGCGACCUCUCUGUUGCAUCUCUUACAGAGAGAAUACAAAAGAUGGAGGAGAAUCACCACAGCACAGCAGAAGAGCUGCAGGCCACUUUGCAGGAGCUGUCGGAUCAGCAGCAAAUGGUGCAGGAGCUGACAACAGAAAAUGAGAAGCUGGUGGAAGAGAAAGCUCUCCUGGAGACUUCGUUCCGUCAGCACAGAGAUAAAGCUGAGCAGCUGAGCCAGGAAAAUGAAAAGCUCAUGACUCUCCUUCAAGAGAGAUCCAAGAAUGAAGCUCAAGAGGACAAGGUCCUUGAACUGGAACAGAAAUGUGCAGAAGUUCUUGAAAAAGCACAAUUUGAAAGAGAGAAAUUGCUCAACAUUCAGCAACAGUUAACCAGCAGCUUACGAAGCUUAGAAAGGGAGCAUCAGGAUGCCCAGCAGGUGAUAAAAAGCCUGAGAGAAGAAAAUGAGAAGCUGGUUAAGCUUCUAGAAGUGGAACAGCAGAGCAACAGCACAGUGACAAAAAGUCUGGAGGACUGUAAAAUUGCCUUGGAAGGUCUGAAAAUUGAGAAUGGCUCUCUCAGAACUCAGCUGGAGAAUGAGAAACAAAAGGCUGCAGAAAUCAACGUGGUGGGCUGCACCUCUGACAACUCCGAGGUGCAGGAGAUGCUCAAAGUAGCCCACGCAGAAAAGGCUCAGUUAGAAGCCUCUUGCACUGAGCUGAAACAAGAGCUGCUGAAGGCAAACAGUGAAUUGAAGCACAUUCAGGGGCUGCUCUCUAAGGCUGAGAACGAGUGUGGUCAGCUGAAGGAGGUGUGUGACCGCCAGGCUGAGCAGCUGAGCAGAACCAGCCAGAAGCUGCAGGAGAAGACAUCAGAGAAUGAAGCAGAUAUCAAAAACUUGAAAGAGACCAUUUUUGAGUUGGAAGACCAGGUGGAACAACAUCGUGCUAUAAAACUCCACAAUAACCAGCUCAUCAGUGACCUAGAAAGCAAAGCAAUGAAGCUGGAAGAACAAAAACAAGAUACAGAGAGGCAGCUGAAGGCUCUGACUAAGCAGAUGAAGGAGGACACAGAGGAGUGGAGGCGUUUCCAGGCUGACCUGCAGACUGCAGUGGUUGUAGCCAAUGACAUUAAGUGUGAAGCUCAGCAGGAGCUCCGUGUGGUGAAGAGGAAGCUGCAAGAGGAGGAGGAGAAGAGUGCCAGACUGCAGAAGGAGCUGGAUGAAGUGAAGGGCAGCAGCAGGUUGGUUGUUUACCAUUUCCCAGGGCCAAGACUUGAUUUGUCUGAAGAGGUGGAUUUUCUGGAGUCAGACACAACCAGCCGCUGGCAAGGGGUCUGCCUCAGCAGAGCAUCUCCCACACCCCCAGAAUCUGCAGCCACUGUGAAGUCACUGAUAAAGUCAUUCGACUUGGGAUGCUCAGGUAGCAGUGGACAAAAUGUCCCAGUUCACAAGGUGCCCAGGAGCCCUCUCAGUGGAAUUCCAGUGAGGACAGCCCCAGCAGCUGCUGUUUCCCCAAUGCAGAGACAUUCUGUGUAUAACAAUACCAAGCCAGCCAGCAAGGGCACUGCCAGGCAUGCAGAUCUGUCAGACCUCCCUCUGGCAGACCUUCUGAAGGGGAGAAAUGAAGAGCUGAAACCAGACCAUUACCUCCGCAAAAGCCCCUCCCUAGAAUCCCUGAGCAAGCCCCCAAUGGCCUUCAGCAGCAGGAUGCUUUCCUCUACCCCCAGCUGCUUGAAACCCCAAAGCAAACUCAGUGUGGAGAGAAAGGACCCCCUGGCAGCCCUGGCUCGGGAGUAUGGGGGUUCCAAGAGGAAUGCUUUGUUGAAAUGGUGCCAAAAGAAGACUGAAGGUUACCAGAAUAUUGAUAUUACCAACUUCAGCAGCAGCUGGAGUGAUGGGCUGGCCUUCUGUGCUCUCCUGCACACAUACUUGCCUGCACAUAUUCCUUACCAGGAACUCAACAGCCAGGAUAAAAAGAGAAAUCUGCUGUUGGCAUUUCAAGCUGCUGAAAGUGUGGGCAUCAAACCCAGUCUGGAGCUCAGUGAGAUGAUGUACACGGACCGGCCCGACUGGCAGAGCGUCAUGCAGUACGUGGCCCAGAUCUACAAGUACUUUGAGACCUGAGCUGCAGAGCAAGAGGUGGACAGAAGUGGGGAAGAGAACAAAGAAUGCUACAGAUGCACUUGAUCACUUUAAAAACCUGCUUGCUCCUCUUCCACAACCAACCUAAGCUCUUAGUGUGAAAGGAAGCUCUUCCUUAGUUUUGAUUCCAUCUGGGACUGCAACCAAAUAAUUGCCUGUUGUCCACCUUUGCAAACCAAAUCCAUUGGUAAGUUGCAAAGUGUUUUCAAGCACACAUGGGGUAUUUCUGAAGAGGAUCCCUUGGGCUAACAACAUUUGCCUUGACAGGAGACCUGCUACGUAAUGAAGUUUUAAGUCAAUGUGGACUAUGCUGGCACUUAAGGGAGGCUGGGAGAUUAAUAUUAAUACAAAAGCUCACAAAAAUGCUCUUCUUGCCAAAACAUGCUUAACUCAUCCCAAGUACAUGUUGUUUUCUUGCCUCCAUAUAUUUUAUAGAACACCUUGACAGAUGCACUUAAGUUGUAGAACCUUAACCUGAGUUACUCUCACACAUCUCAACCAAUAACUGCACUAAUCUACUCACAGCAUAACCAGCAGGAUGGUAACAUGAUCAUUUGUAACUCAGAAACCACCCUCUGUUCAUCACCAGUUAGUGAAAUAACUCCGAAAGAUCCUGUUAGGUGCUAGCACUUCAUUUCAGCUCAAACAGAAAUAAUCUCUUUGAGCAAAAAUAGGUUUAUUACUCCAAUUUCAUUACUUGAUUACUCUGGGAAGCCAGAGCUUGGUUUCCCAGCUGACUGUGUAGGCACAGUUAUCACAGGAACAUUGCAAAUGCAAUUUAAUAGCUUUAGUUUGGAAGGUGCCAGUAAUCAGGUGAGCAAUACAGUGACAUCUGAUAUCUUUUGUGGAUUGAGUGGAGUAACUUCUUCCUUCUCUGUUGCUCCUCUCUGGUCAGCACAGCUAUGUCAUUGCUGCCUAGAGGCAGGAAUCUGGAGACAGCUUGUGCCCUGAACAUGACAUGCAGCCCCUAGGGCACUGGUACAUGCUUGGAAAUGAUGUUAUGCUGUAAAGGAACACAGUCAAACAUCUGUACCAAUGGAAGGUGCAACUUCACUCCACAAAUGACAAACAGUGUAACUGGAACCCAUCUCUGUGCCACGGAAAUCAGGCGCCAGAGAGCAGCUUCCCACCUCAGUAAUACUGUUAGGAAAAUGUCUGAUAGACACUGUUACAUGUCCAUUAUUCUGUUUCUCUCAUUUCACCUGGUGAAGUUAAUUUUUGUGCUUGUCUCCAAGGAUGGAAG